CAGCCGGCCGAAACAGGGGAACCUACAUCCCCUAGCGUGCCGCGCAUAGUAGUCAGUUGAUAGAUAGUUCGUCUAGACCCAGCGAGGCGCACGUCCCCAUCGGCGCCCUCUCCUAGGCUUUUGCUAGGCCGUGUUGAGAGUCAAAGCUGCUAGUCUGGAUUGAAAUCUGACUGCUAAGGAGUCUGUUACUCGCGGGCUGCAGCGACUCAGGUGCGCUCGGCAACAGCGUGUGCCGACCAUGGCACGCAGCAACCUCAGGCGGCCCAGCCCAGCAAAGGUUGCCUCUUCCGCGUUCUUAUUGGCGCUGGCGGCCAUGAAGACGGCGACACUACUCGUCGUCCUGGCCGUCGGCCUGGGACAAGUGCUUGCAGAUAACUCGGAGCUCUUCAGCUCUGGGAGGUCUCUCCUACAAGCCGUAUCAGGCACCACUGUGUUCCCCUACCACAGCUGUAACAAGAAGCAGCCCGCCGGCUCUCCCUGCUACUUUGGCUCGCCCACCACCCGUGUCAUCAACAGCACCGUGAGCGAGUUCUGCUUCACCGCGACUUGCCCCGGCUGCCGCGACGCCAGCAACAACUGCUGCGCGUCGCUGUCCAAAAACAUCAAGAAGAUUAUCUUCAACGCCAAGCUCAGCUGCCGCGCGCCGCUGAAGUCCAUCUUCCAGCCCGUCUCCUGGAAUGGCAAGCCCAUCUCAUCGUCGCUGUACAUCGAUGAGAUCCCCAACGUCGCCACGAUGAUUCGCUGGACUAGCAUCGACAUCCCGGCCUCGCAGCUGGACGGCGAUCGCCUGUGCAUCCGCGCCCCGGCGCCCUGCAACACGGUGGAUUCGCUCUUCAUCAUGGAGAGCCAGGGCUUCCCCCAGGUGGCCCUGAUGGACAGCACGGACGGCGGCAACGGCUGCUGCCCCUCCCGCUACCCCGACAUGCCCCCGCCCUCGCCCCCUCCCCCUCCCCCGCCGUCUCCUCCUCCCCCGUCGCCCCCUCCCCCCUCGCCCAAGCCCCCCAGCCCGCCGCCGCCCAGCCCUCCCCCGCCCUCGCCUCCUCCCCCCAGCCCCAAGCCCCCCUCGCCCAAGCCCCCCAGCCCGCCUCCCCCCUCCCCUCCCCCUCCCUGCACCACCUGCAUUGACGUGACCAUCAAGAAGACUGCCGACCUCGCGCCCGGCAGCAUCUUCCAGUGGGACUCCGAGAUGUGCACCGACGUGGCACCCCAGCUUGUGGACGACCUGCAGACGCGCAUCGAGGACGCCAACGCUCGCGUGCUGAGCGCCUUUGGCAUCAAGUCGUGCGCCGGCGAGAAGCUGACCAUUUGCGGCACCUGGUUCUCAAAGGAGGACGCGGCCCUUGUGAACGGCCCCGAUGGUGAGUACACCAGGGACAUGCUUCUGGACUGGAUCAACAUCAUUGCUCCCGACUGCCCCGACUACGCCCGCGGCUACUCUAUCCGUGCCGAGGCCCACGACCAGGGCAGCACCGACUCCACCACCGGCUGCAUGUACGGCACCGCCCAGCGCGACUGCGCCCCGCCCUCACCGCCGCCCAGCCCCCCGCCUCCUCCUCCUCCUCCCCCGCCGCCCCCUCCUCCCCCGGCCCCGCCGCCGCCGCCCCCUCCUCCCCCUCCUCCCCCGCCCCCGCCAUCGCCUCCUCCGCCCCCGCCCCCGCCCCCUCCUCCCCCUCCUCCCCCACCGCCGUUCCCUCCUCCUCCCCCGCCGCCCCCGCCUCCUCCCCCCUCGCCCCCUCCCCCCUGCACCACCAUGUGCGUCACGUGGCUCAUCACCAACCAGGCCGUUGACCAGGCCGCCUGCGACCUGCUGGCCCAGUCCCUGCAGGACAUGGUGCUGGCCUCGUACGGCGUCCUGAACGGCGGCUUCACCUGCAACGGCGUGGACACGGGCAAGCGCGAGGUGACUGCCUGCGCCGACUUCGCAACCGAGGCCGGCGGCCAGGCGUACGGCUCCAUGCUGGACGACACUGGCUUUGACAUGAUCAAGGUGGCUGUGGGCUUCGGCAACGUGUACGUGAACACGCCCGCAGGCCCCGUGUGCGACUCCAGCUCCAUCACCGCCACGCUGUUCACCAAGCUCACGCCCGGCGCCGCGCCCUGCGGCGUGUGGCGCACCGCCGACGCGUGCGCGCCGCCCAGCCCCAACGGCUUCCCCUACUGCAAGUGCGACCCCCGUCUGGCCAACCGCACGCCCUAUUCGCUGUCGUUCAAGUCCAAGUCCAGCCGCACCGUCAACGGCUUCCCCGCCAACGUGUACUGCUUCAGCAUCAAGGUGGACGCCGGCGUGUGCGGCAACAGCCGCUGCUGCAACAUGGAUCUGGACAAGGUGGAGUGGCUGACGGACACGACCAACUGCCGACAGGCGGCGGUUGGCUACACCGUCUCCAUUCGCCCCACCGACGUGAAGAUGCCUGUGUGGACCCGCCAGAUUGACAACACCGUCGUGCCCGCUACGAGCUUCGACGUGUACAAGACCAACCAGUUGGGCCUGACGCUGGGCAACGCCGACGGCGCUGAGAUUUGCCUCAUCCUUAAGCAGAAGAGCUCUUGCCCCACCCUGGACACCUUCUGCAGCCAGGGCGACAUUGGCUGCCAGUACGCCGUCUUUGACAAGACCCAGAACUGCUGCGCCGAGGACUGGUCGCUAAACGCUGGCGACGGCUCGUUCUCGCGCCGGCGGUUCCGCCUGGCGCUCUAAGCAGCCAAGCAAGCUGUCAAGGCCUAGGGUUGGACAGAAUUGUCCAACUGCCUCAUAGCCGGCUGCUUGGAUGUAUGCAGUACGAAGUGAGCGUGCGUGCGCGCAGUCUCGUGCCGCGCGAGUGGAAAAGCAGCAGUAUUCAUAGACAAUUGUCCUAGAUGUGUGGCGUGCGCUGGUGCUGUACACUGCGAGCAUGAUGCGUGCGUGAUGUAUGCGUGGCAGGGUUCGUGUGUGGGUUGCGGAUAAUGGUGCCACAUGGAACGGAUGGUGCGGGCAGCAGUGGCGCACAUGGCGUGUGUGUCGACGAGAAGCAACGAGGGCUAGCUGCGGCCUCACCCGCCCCCAAUGGUAGGGGGCUGUGCGGGCGUUCUGUAACGCCGUGACCUGUGGCGGCCCCUCGAGCCUUUCUCUCGAUUGUUGGCCACCGCGCAUGGCGUUGGACUGGAAUGGCCCUUGGGUGGCAAAGAGCUCAAGCAGAAAGAAACUCGUGUGCAUCCGACACAAUACAUCAUGGCGUUAUGUUGCAUCUUGCUCCCAUGUUGGUUUUGGUUUUGUGUGAUUCGGUUUUUCAGGGGCCUGAGAUGCCCCCAUCUGCAUCUCUUCUCUCUUCUUGACUUUUUGACAUCUCACAAAGCAACACUAUUCCAGUACAGAGUCUCCAACCAGACUGAUGACCUCUUAUUUCGCUUAUGAAACCCUUGGAUACAAGGCGGUGCAAAGCUAGGCAGCUGUGUUCGGAGGAUGAUGCGUGACAGGUAGAGGAGAGAACCAACGGCUCAAAUGCUUCAAUGAGGCCUACGAAAUGUAAAACUAACUACCG